AAGAAGAAGCCCUCUGUCAAACGGGAGUCGAUUUUUUCACGCCAUUUGAUUCCGCGACGGGUCGUCGAUUUUCCGAAUUUAAUGCCGUUCUGGACGGAAGGAUCCGGUCGAAAGUAGUGUCAAAAUGUGCAGAAUCGCGUUGCCUGUUCGGAAUUAUAGUUGGUGACGGUGCGAGUUCAAGAUUUGGUCGGGAAUCGGUAUCGCAAUUUCUCCCCAGUUUGAAUGCCGAGCAUUUUUUUCAUGUCGCUUGAAAGUGGAGCACCACAACGACGACGGCGGCUGUGCGGUAAGAAGAAGAGAGACGGCAGUGAAGGUGAAGAAAUUGUGUGCGUGUGAAUCGGAACCGUCGGAUCCGCAAUUGCGUCACUGUGUUAGUGGCGGGAGGUUUGGGAGUUUUGGAAUGAUGACAAACGCGAAGACAAAGCAAAGUGACGCGGGUUUACUACGGAAAAAUGAUUGAAUUUUGACGAUUUUAAACUUCAAAGUGCGACGAACUUUAGUUCCAAAACAUAGGAUUGAUUGAUUUGAAAUAUUUUAAAUCUGGAAGUGCUCAUUGAAUUAAGUAAAUACCUACAGCAAAAAAAUAAGAUAAUAAACAAUGCGCAGUGAGUGAAUUUUACAUUUACUAAAUGUUGAAGAAAAAGUGAAGUAAAAACAUUCAAGCUCGAAAAUGGCAUUUUACCAAAUUGUUCCCACGGAUGAGCUAAAGAACCUGUACCCUCAACUGAUUGAAAAUGGAGGAAUACAGUUGGUUAUGGGUGACGAUGUCCAGUUCGGCUCUCAACCCGUAAUCCUCUCACAGGAGCAGCAAGAGUUGCUUCUUAAUGAUGGUAAUCAACAUCAGUUGCAGCAGAUUGUUUACCAGCAGGCUCCAGCUCAGCAGCCGCAACCUCCGCAACAAUCACAACAACCACCGCCUCAGCAGCAGCAACAACACGAAACCCACUACGUAAUCCAAGAAGAUGGUGCCCUGGCAGAUGCUUUUGGGCAAACGUCAAGCCAACCACAACAUAUUUACUAUUCCGAGGUGCCCAACGAUGGGUCGCAAAUGAUUCAAACAAAUUUGGUUCAUGAGCAACCUCAGCAACCCACUACGCUGCAUACAUUGCAAACUGCUGCCGAACAACUACAACAACAGCAACAGCAGCAGCAACAACAGCAACAUCAAGUCUUGCAGGUUGUUCAUGGCGUUCCCCGCCCUGGGCAGCAGAUUAUCCUUCGACAACAGCCACAAGAGCUGCAAAAACCUCCACAACCUCAGCAAAUUGCUGUCCAACAAUCUCAGCAACACAUUUUAGCCCAUCAACCUUCUACGCAAGUAAUUUUGCAACAUCCCCAAGGUCACCAAAUAGUUCAUCGUCCACAACAGCAACCUCAGCAUCAAAUUAUCUACGAGCAUGUGCAGCCCCAAGGGCACCCGGUUCAACAAAGCAUACAACUUGCUCCACAGUUAGUACAUCAGUCCCAACAACAGCCACAGGCUCCAACUCAAAGGGUCAGUAUUCAAAAGAUAACCCCACAACAGCACCAACAAUAUAUUCAACAACAGAUGCACCAACAGCAAAUGCCUCAGCAGCAACAGGUAAUACAGCAGUCAGCGCAAUUAAUGCAUCAGUCACCGCCGGGAGCGAGACCGUGUUUGAUCAUAACUAAACCUCAGCUUUCGCAGGUUCCACAGACAACUACGGUGGCCAUUUCGCAACAACAGGUUCAAUCAUCGCAAAAUGUGUCUCGCGCUCGCAAUUAUCGACCACGUGUUACCAAGGCUGCUGCCCCAAGGCCACGUCCCGCUCUUCCCAUAACAACCACUGCCCCGGGGCAGCCACAAAUUCGACCUCCUCGUCCAACAGCGGUCAAAGUAGCGCCAACUCCCGUUGUUCGUCAAAACUCACCGGGUUUGCAGCAGCAACCACAACCCCAAUCAGCACUUCAACAACAACAGCCGCAACAAUCGCAACCAAAUGUCUCAGCAUCACGAGCGAACAUAAUCUUGACCAGCACCGGACAAAAAUUAGUGGCUGUCACCAAUCGGCCACCUCAUCUCGUUCCGGCUUCCUAUGGAACCGUAAAAGCUCAACCCAUGAAACGAAUCGUGUCCUUGCCGACUGCUGCCACCACAACUCCUCCGCUUGCACCAGUAUCGCAAUCGCCCCAACAGGCAAUAGAAACUCAAGCCCAGCCACAGCAGCAGCAACCACAACAGCAAGCUCAACAACCAGCUCAGCAAUCGUCCCCGCAGAAACCACCAGGUGGAACGUAUUCCAACGAUCUUGAAGACCUAGAGGAUAGCAUUCAGGCAGCGGUCGUUGCCAAAGCCCCACCGAACGCUGCCCAAUCCAGUCCUCAAUCAACCUCAAUUGAGCCAUCUCCGACAUACCAACAGUCUCCCCAACAAUCUCAGCAACAACAACAACAGCAAGAAAUGCAGCAGCCCCAACAAAUUAUCCAACAACAGCCUCAAUCAAUCCCCCAACAACAGCCACAACCUCAACCACAGUCCCAACAGCAGUCCAUCCAGCAACAGUCUCAUCUUUUCGACGACGCCGGCAGCAUCAUUCAGUUGGGAAACGGACAAACUAUGACGGCCGCUCAGUUCCGUUCGUUCCAGGAAAAGCAACAACUUCGCCAGCAGGAAAACCUGCGCGGCGGUUUCACUCAACGUGGACGCGGUAUUGUGGCCGCUCGCGGUAUGGUCAUACGUAAGACGGUUCCUGUGAACCGACAACAGAUGGCCCUGCAACAGCAACAGCAGCAGCACCAACAACAACAGCAGCAGCAGCAACAAAAUGCACAAAUGCAAAUCUCCCAGCAGCAUCAUCUGAUGCAGCAGCACCAGCAGCAAUUGAUUCAACAGCAGCAGGCACCGCCUCCCCCGCCGCCACCGGAACCGGAACCGCGGGAGAGUGCCAAGAUGCUGGUAAUUCUGCAAAGCGGUGAGCAACGGUUGAUUACGUUCACACUGCCGAAGGAGAGCUGUACCGUGCAGGAAUUGCUGGAACAGGUUGGCGUUCAGUUUUCUCCGGAAAGUAACAUCCAGUGCAUCUCAAAUCCGGGCGGAGACAUCGAUUACAUUGUGACGGUUGGCGUUACGAUGCAGGAAACGAGUGAAUACCUGAAAGCUGCGGAAAAUACAAUCAAGAGUCAACAGCAACAGCAGCAGCAGCAACAACAACAACAGUUGCAGCAGCAACAACAACAGCAGCAGCAUGUGAUGGCCCAACAGCAGAUGCUGCAGCAGCAACAACAGCAACAGCAAAUACAUCAACAACAACAAAUGCACCAUCCCGCUCCGAUUGCCGUUGCGCAACCACAGCAGACGCAGCACCAGCAGCAAUUGCCCCAAACUCCAGCACACCAUCAACCGAACCGUUUCAAUGAUUCCUUCCGGGCUACGAUGGGGUCCGCUACGCCAGUUCAACAAAUUCAAACCCCACAACUGAUCGUGACCAAAGAAACCUCGAAGGUUGUGGCCGACCAGUCCGACUCCAAGAAGGAACCACCGGUCAAAAUCGUAACUGGCUUCUUGGCUGUGUGUCACAGUUGUGGUUACACCGGGAUCGAUCACGCGAAAUGUCAACGGUGCAAAAGGUUAUUCACGGAGCCGCCUCGUAAAGUCCCGGAGCCGGACAAACCGUUGAUAUCGCCCCACCCUCCUCCGUUAGUGCCGACGGCAUCGUCAACGCCUCUUCAAGGCAAAGUGAUGUAUUCGACGGAAAAACCGGUACCCGGAAGUGGAGAAAGAGAAACGUUGGUGGGAGUGAAAGGCGUGACAUUGACGAAGAAGCCCUCAUCAUCGUCCCUGGGCAGCAUGUUAUCAAUCCGGGGAAUGGGCAGAGGAGGCAGUACGGGCAGUAGGGGUGGCCGCGGACGUGGAAGGAGUGGUUCGUCCAAGUAUCAGGAUGUGGAACCGGUAGUUUUCACCUUAAGCAGCGACGACGAAGAUCAUGAACCCAGUGAUAAAUCUAAGAAUGGUAGCAAACUGGUGUCAGCUGCCCCUGAACAAAAGGCACAGACUUCUAUUGUGGCUGAGAAACAGUGGGAACCGUUGAAGUUUGAACCAGUGAUCAAAGAAACCGAUGGCAUAGCAGAUCUGGUUCGGUUAGAUGUGACUGAUCUGGGCAACCUUCCGGAUACUUUGAUUACCAAUCUGGAGUGCCGUACCAUUCACAUUGGUUCUUUGAAGUACGAUACCACCGAUAAGGUGGUAGUGUCGGCACGUGGCGUUCGUAUCAUUGCCCCGAAUGUUAAGCGAAUCAACGAAAAAAACAUUUUGGAUUUGCAACUGCAAGAGAUCGUCAAAGCGGUGGUGCACUUCUCGAAGGUACUGAACGUCAUGUUUCUUUACACUUUGCCCUCGUGCGGGGCAUUCAUUCGUGAAAGUCUUGAAAUGGGUCUACCGGAAGAUAAACUUCCUUAUUUCAAUCCAGUUAGUCGCCAAGACGAUACUCAUCGGCGAAUAACUCUUGUGUUGGAACGUAUCACAGAGGAAUCUAGAGCCAUUUUGAAGAGCAUUAUUUCCAAUGACAAACUUGAAGAAAUCUCUGCCAGAGACGCUAAUGACCUAUUGAAGCGUUCAAGUAGCAGCAAUAAAGGAUCUGAAAAUAACUCUAAUAAUACUGUCAGUGGAAACUCUGGUGACGUUACGGAGAUUAGAAAAAUACUCAUAUACCCGCAAGGCAAAGGCGGCAUCUCCAUUAAUACCGAGGAUUACAUGUGCUUAGCAAUUGAUCAAUAUCUGAACGACGUAAUAAUUGACUUCUAUCUCAAUUAUUUAAAACUGGAGCUGCUUAAAGAUAGCGAGAGACGAAGAAUUCACAUAUUCAGUACAUUCUUUUAUAAGCGCUUAACAACAUUGGGUACGCGGCAACGCGGACAAGACAAAGAUCAAAAGCUAACCGCCGCUCAGAAGCGUCAUGCACGUGUGGCCAGUUGGACCAAGAAGGAGAACAUUUUCGAGAAAGACUUCAUAAUUAUUCCAAUCAACGAGCAGUCGCAUUGGUUCUUAGCCAUCAUUUGCUUCCCCAGCCAGGACGUGGCGCUCUCUAUGAACAGCAAUACCCCCACACCGAUCAAGCGGAAAAAGGCAGCCCCUAAGAGCAAAAACAUCAGCUUACAGAUCGGGAACACGACGAUCACGCCAGUUUCGAAGCGCGAACUGGAGGCCAUCAAUCUGGGCGAUGACGAGAGCGAACGAGAUGAAGCCGAGGGUGACGACAGCGAGUUGGCCAGCGAUGCUGAGGAAACGGACGAAGAGCCAACCGAUAGCAAACAACCUGUCAAACAGCCAAUAAUUUUGAUUUUCGAUUCACUGACCGGUGCAUCACGUAGUCGAGUGGUAGCCACGCUCAGAGAUUAUCUCACUUGCGAAUAUAAGAGCAAAAUGCCAAACAAACCGGCAAAAGUAUUUAACAAAACGAACAUGCCCGGCCACUGCGUUAAAGUGCCACAGCAGAAUAACUUUACCGACUGUGGAUUGUAUUUGCUGCAAUAUGUCGAGCACUUCUUCCUGGAUCCAAUCAAAGACUAUCGCAUGCCUAUCAAAUUGCACGACUGGUUCGACACGCUCAUAGUGACCAAGAAGCGCGAAGAUAUAUCGAAUUUGCUCAAAGAGCUGAUACAGAAGCACAAUCCUGAUGUUCUGCCGUUGCCGGAAAUCAAAUUCCCGACGUUGAAUGGUAAACUCAUCAUCGACCCCGACGAACACUUCAAUGAUGCAGAGUUCGAGGAGGAAGACAUGGACGACGAAGACUACGUCCCAGGAAGCCAGGGAUCGACCACGAGUGAGCAGCGGCUGGUGGAAGAGGAACCGAGCAGAGUGAUACCGGUGACGAAGAAAACCAUAAAGCUAAAACGUUUCAACUCGGCUGGUUCGGUGACGGGAGCACUGGGAGUAAACUCGACGACUGCGACGACGACGACGACAGCGGCGGCUACCGGUACCAGCGGGCAAUCGUUGCUGGCAGCGUCACAAAAAAGGCCUCUAGAAAGUAUCAAACCAAGUUCAGACUGUAGCAUAAGGCCAAAGGCGGCAAAGCUUAGUGAUAGCCCAAAUAAAGUAGUAACUACCCAAAAUUAAGAGUUUCGGGCCACUUAUAUGUAAGAUAUGAAAAUGUUAGAAAUCUUCACCUAUCCAACUAAACGUAUAAGGAUUAAAGCAGGUCUACGAAUCAACUAUCGAGAAAGGUAUGCCCCAUAAUUGUAUAAAAGAAAUCCGUUGGAAUAGCCGAUGACGAUUUGUUCCUAAACGCAUGAUCAUUUUUUCUUUUAAAAAAUCAGACAUUCAGGAAUGCAAGAGGAAUGGGCUCGAACAAGUUAACACGUUUUUAGUGUUUUACUCGUUCUGAGUUAAAUGAUCAGUGUUACAUUGUAUUUAACUAGAUGUAUAUUUUGAAAGUUUUUUUUUUAAUAAUCGGAAAUAGAUUCUGAAUCGUA